AUGACUAUCUCGUACCCUGAUCUCAGAGACACCAGUCGCUUUCCCGGCUUUGCCGCUAUCCCCAUCGAGGACCUCGACACCCACAAAUUGACUCCCGGAAUAGAUGGCUGUCUCCUGCUCGAGAUCCUCGCUUUCGAGACAAUGCCCUACCUCGUCAUCGGGUGCCGCAGCACUGAUCUACACCUUGUCACCCUGCGAUUCGAGGGACCGGAUCAAGGCCGUGCUCUCAGUCAGUGUCCGCACCUGAAGGUUGGAAAUACCAUCGUUAUCAUGCAGGCCCGCAAGCAUCAGUUCGGAAUUGAGGUUUAUGGCAUCCGUGUCUACGAAUAUCGCCAACUCAAGAUCAUCCCAACCUCGUUGGACGAGCUUCUGGAACUCAGUGAUGAGAUGAGAACCUGGCCUCUGAACUUUGCUGCCCAUCAGAGGUGUCACUGGUGUCGUAAUGAGCCUGACCACAUCACGACCUGCGAUGGCUGCGGUGUCAUCGGAUACUGCAACAGCGGCUGUAAGGCGGGCAGCUGGAACAUCAACAAACACAAGGAGUUCUGCAAGGUUAUUAAGAACCAGAACUUCCGUUCCCUCAUGAUUGAAAUGGGGCACGAGUAA